AUGCCUUACAAGAUUCCGACAUUACCUGGGCAAUUUCAUAUUGGGGGCUUGUUUAAGAUAUUUCAGGCAAAACAUGGAGAAUGUACGGAUGAGAUCGACACAAUGUCUGUUCGCACGUUCGAGGCAGUGAAAUGGACUCUUAAGAUGCUAAAUGAAGCCAACUACAUUCCAGGGAUAACACUUGGUGUAGAAGCCUAUCCCACCUGCAACGUUGAAGGGAAAGCUGUUGAGCAGACAACGAAUCUGGUCAAAAGUCGACAAUUACCCAUUAUUGGCUUGGUUGGUCCGGAAUACAGCUUCGAGGCUGUGGACACAUCUUCAUACAUAAGCUCUCUUGGAAAAAACCGUUUAAUUCUUCAGACCCUCUUUUCCACGACGGCCUCAGCUCUGAGUGAUAAAACCAAAUAUCAAAACAUUCUUAGAGUCAUCCCUGAUGAUACCAAGCAAACCUCGGUCAUCAUGUCUCUCAUAAAGAAAAUGGAAUGGAACUACAUCGGUUUUGUUUAUGAGAACAACACGUAUGGAAGGGGAAACUAUGAGGCCUUACAAAUCCGAGCAAAGAAAAACAGCAUAUGUAUCGCAAGCGCACAAGCAGUAUCUGUUGAGACAGGGGUUGUAGAUAUCAAAAACUUGAAGAUUCAAUUAGAGUCGAUGAUAUAUCAUCCUGAGAGUCAGAUAUCAGGCAUAAUCAUGUUUGGCUCUACAGGUACAGCAAAAGCUUUUCUUUCAAGUGCCCAGAGUCUUAGCGAUACAAUUAGAUUUCGGCUUUCGAUAAUAUUUUCCGAAGGAACAGCAGAUAUUGAUACGGAAACUUUAAACAAUUAUGCAAUAUCAAAAGGGUCUUUCUUUACAAGUCCACAUGUACUUAAAUUUGAAAAGUUUCAACAUCAUUGGAAGAAUAUUCUGACAAACAAAACUGUUUUGAAUCAAGAAGUAUUGACUAAUCCCUGGCUGGAAAAUGUAAUAAAGAAAUUUGUUCCUUGUGAUGUUCUCAACGUAUCUUGUUCAAUGCCUGCCUGGUCAAGUGUAAAGUCUGUAACUGGCGAAAAUGUAUUUGAAGGUUAUGCCAUUGUAUCUACCUUGUUGAUUGCUAAAAUUUUAAAAAAUCUUCAGGUGAAAAUAUGCGGAGGCAAUGGUAUUUGUGAUGAACUGAAUAUCACAUUGCAACAACGGAAAUAUGAGUUGCUAGAAGAGGGGGAAAAUUGUCAGUUAAAUAUGAACGACUUUAAUGAAUCAGCAUUUGCUUUAGAAACCCAACUGCUCCGUGAUUAUUUUGAAAAUACACAUGGGACAAAAUGGCCAAACAUAACAAAAGCACAGUGUAACAUAGGAAGAAAAUGCGAUUCAUGUCGAAAUUUAAAUCUAGCCAAUGAAAUAAUGUUUAGGAGAGGGAAUCUAUAUGUAGUUGCUGUGGUUCCAAUACAUAAUAGAAAUUCAUCGGAUCGUCUGAAAUGUGGCGUUAUUCGAACAGCAAAUGGAUGGGAACUUGCAGAGGGUAUAAAGUUUGCCGUAGAGUCUGCGAAUAAAAAGACUGGAAGUUUUUCUAACUUAUUUCACGGAAAACAAAUUGGUUUCAUAAUAUUUAAUAGUUGUGACCAACCACUCCUAAUUCAAAGAAAACUAUUGCAAUUUUUUAGUGAGGAUUACGUUUUCAAAGACGGCACGAAAUUUUCAGAAGUACGAAAAAACAUUCUCGGGUUCGUAGCCGCCUAUGGUAGCAGUACAAGCCGAUUAAGCUCUUUGAUUUUACAGGAUUUUAAUUUUCCACAAAUCAGUUACGCUUCUACAGCAGCCAUUUUGAGUGACAGAUCCACUUAUAAAUAUUUUUUGCGCACCUGCACACCUGACGACAAGCAGGCUGUUGCAAUGUUAAAUAUAGUAAAAACAUUGAAUUCCUCAUACAUUCAAAUAUUAUACAGCGAGGGAAUUUAUGGCGAAGGAGCAAGGGAUGCAAUCAUGCACAGUGCCAAAGAUUUUAAAAUAUGCAUUGCAAAUCAAAUCGAGGUAAAAGAGAAUCAAUACUCUAAAAUUAACGACGAUCUUAACAGGACACCUUAUGCAACCGUUGUUCUCUUGUUUUUAAAAAGUCAUGUCUUGAAGGAUGUUGUGGCCAAGUUACAUGACACACUAAGUUUAGGGACAUUUUUAUUUAUAGGUUCUGAAGCCUUUGGAACACGUUUGGAUAUCAUUUCUGGAAAAAACAAUCUUGAGGGAACAAUAUCUCUUUCUUUGCAAAUGAAACCUGCAAUUGGAACAUCUAGAUUCGAGAAAUACCUGUAUGAUACCCUAGCUAAUAAAAGUGAGGAUUUGAACCCAUGGACAAAUGAGUACUUUGAACAGAGAAAUACUUGUUUCCUGCCGGGCAGCUUUAACAAACUUUCUGCUUCUCAGUGUGCGAAUUUCAAGGAAGAAUUCAACGACAAAGACUAUCAGCCAGAACUAUGGACUGCCUUUGCUAUCAAUGCGAUGUUUUCUCUUCUACAAGGUACAAAUAAGUCAUUUGGUGAACUAUGUGGUAGUCAGUCUUCUACGUUAUGUCAAAGGUACCGAGAUUCUCCACAAAAGGUUUACGAUAUGAUAAAGAAUGAAAAACUCGUGAUUGAUGACAGCGGAAUUCCUUCCAAAGUUUUUAACGAAAAUGGUGAUGGUAAUAUUGGAUAUAAGAUAUACCAAGUUCAGAGAAAAACCACAGAUGCUAGUCAACUUACAUUUAUUGAAAUUGGUCGAUAUACAUUGAAUAAAGAUGGUUACUCCGUGUAUGAAAAAAUCAUUAAGGACCCCUUUAAAGUUCUGCCCUCUAAAUGUCCGAAUCCAAAGGAAUGCAGUAAAUGUUUGAUGCAAUAUACAGGGUCAUCUUCAAUCAAUAAUUUGUCAAGUGAGGCACAGUCUUCCAAAGCAACAGUGGCGUUAGGAGUACUAUUUGGAUUGACUUUACUAGCACUAGGUAUAAUGAUUGUCCUCUUCUGCAAGAUGUAUGGGCGAAAAAUAAAUGUAGAUGAUAAUCCAUAUUUAGAACCCCAUUUGUCAACAAAUUUAGAUCACCUGUAUUAUUAUGGGGAUAGCGGAUGCACCUCAUGCUCAUCAGGAACAGAUAUACCAAAUUUGCCGAAUCCUUCCGAGCAUCAGCAGGAAAUAGUGACUACUAUGAAGGAGCAAACGAAUUAA